CUUUUAUCUUGGUUUGGUCUUCACCAUCUCCUUCCGAACCCUUUCUCUCUCUCUUUGAUGCAACUAUGCCUGUGGAGCUGAUGAUGGGUUAUAGGAACGACACUUUCGCGGAAGAGGAUGCGGUUCGUGAAGCCGCGUCAGGGCUAGAGAGCGUGGAGAAGCUCAUCAGGUUGCUGUCACACGCUCAGCUCCAACAACUUCAACAACAAUCGCACGCGACCAAUUCAAAGUCUUCCAUGGAAAUUGAAUCCGAUUACGGAGCUGUCGCUGACGUGGCGGUUUCCAAGUUCAAGAAGGUCAUUUCGCUUCUCGGCCGAACAAGAACCGGUCACGCGCGUUUCAGAAGAGCCCCUGUGCCUCCUCCUCCUCCUCCUCCUCCACCUCCUUCCGAACCCAGAUUCUACCGUGCAACGCCGCUGCAGCAGAUCCCGCCCCCCACCGAACACCCUUUCAUCCCCAAAAAUGGACCGAUUGAGACAAAGGACUCUUCCAAGACCAUCAACUUCUCUUAUUCUAAUUCCUUCGUCUCCUCCCUCACCGGCGACACCGACACUAAACAGCCCUCUUCCUCGUCGCCUGCGGCCGCUACGCCUUUUCAGAUCACGAAUCUCUCUCAGGUCUCCUCCGCGGGAAAGCCUCCUAUUUCUACCUCUUCCUUGAAGAGGAAGUGCAGCUCUGAUAAUUUGGGUUCUGCCAAGUGCGGCAGUUCCUCUAGCCGAUGCCAUUGCUCAAAGAAGAGCAGAAAAAUGAGGUUGAAGAGGGUGGUGAGGGUACCCGCAAUAAGUUUGAAGAUGGCUGAUAUUCCGCCAGAUGAUUAUUCUUGGAGGAAAUACGGACAGAAACCCAUUAAAGGAUCUCCUCAUCCAAGGGGCUAUUACAAGUGCAGCAGUGUUAGAGGGUGUCCAGCGCGGAAGCAUGUAGAGAGGGCUCUGGAUGACCCUUCUAUGUUGGUAGUGACCUAUGAAGGUGAACACAAUCACACACUCUCUGCAGUCGAAGCUACCACUAAUCUUAUCCUAGAAUCUUCUUAGCUGAUUAAUUAAUCACCGAUUUCCCAUCACAGAGUAUAUUCUAUAUUCUGAUCAUGCCAUUCAUGGCUUGUACACUUGAAAAUUUUACUCUCGAAGGAGAUUAAUUAAUUGAUGGGUAGGUGUUCCUUCCAUGUGUUCACAUGUUCGAUACAAUUGUGUUCCUUUUCCUUUUCUGAUCUCUUCAAAACUUGGACCGACCGACACUGAAUCCACCCAUCGAUAUUUUUCUUUUGAAAAAGGGUGAAGAUGGAGUAUUUGGUGACGGGUUUAAUUUAAUCUGAUUCAAAUCUAAAGAGAGAGAAAAAAGAAGAAGAAAGGAGGAAGUGGGGUUGGUAUUGUUCCUUUUCCUUUUCCUUUCUGGUUGAUUGCUUUACAUGUGGUUCUGGUCUUGGAUGCUCAUGGUCUCUCUCAGCAUUAAUGGAUGAAAAAGACGGAGUCAAAGAAGGUUGACUAAAAGAAGAGAGUGGUUGGCACUUGGCAAUUGCCAGUUAGAAGGGAAAAUUAUAGUGAAUGGAACUGGGAAGAAGGUGAGGUGAGUGAUGAUGGGUAAAGGGCGAAGAAAGAGAAUUUUAAUGCAAUUUUAGUUUCAACCCUUUGGCUUCUUCUGGCAUAAAAAGUCUUGUUGGAACGUUAGUACAUUCGUUUAACGUCUUUAAUGUCUGUUUAGUUUAAUGUUUAAAACAUUAAAUUCAUGUUUCGCAUUAAGAAAUUAGCAGAUAUUUGUUCUGGCUUCUACUUGUGUGUUUGGUAAAGCGAGUUUUAUGGAAUUAAGGUGGAUGAUUUAAUUGA